GACGGGUUUAUGCUAUGCUUUUGCGCAGGCGCAUGGAAACAUCCAGGCCCAGAGUCAAAAAAAGAGGUAGCGGAGAAAAUAAUCUGCCAGACAAAAACCCUAAACAGAGACGUUUCUUGAGGUGUUAUACCGUAACAAAAAACACCUUUUAGAGGACUCUGCUUCUGAUGUGUAGUACAGAGCGAUGAAGGGACAGCAGAAAGCGGCAGAUAUUGAAGAAGGAACUGUACGAGUGCAAGAAGGUGCAGUCGCAACAGGCGAAGAUCCCACAAGUGUGGCAAUUGCAAGCAUCCAGUCAGCAGCUACGUUCCCUGAUCCCAGUGUUAAGUAUGUGUUCCGCACUGAGAAUGGAGGGGCGCAGGUAAUGUAUCGGGUAAUACAGGUAGCAGAUGGUCAGCUCGAUGGGCAGACAGAAGGGACAAGUGCCAUAAGUGGCUUUCCUGCUACCCAGUCUAUGACCCAGGCUGUAAUCCAGGGGGCCUUUACUAGUGAAGAUGCCGGAGAGACAGAUGCAUCGACCACAGAGACGCACUACACCUACUUCCCAACUACAACUGUGGGAGAUCCCAGCACUUCUGUGGGAGCAGGCGCCACCGCCACCACCGUAGUCACCACACAGAACAGUGAGGCCCUUUUGGGACAAGCGACAUCUACAGGUACAGGUCAGUUCUUUGUGAUGAUGUCACCACAAGAGGUUUUACAAGGAGGACCAGCCCGAUCCAUUGCCCCUAGAACCCACCCCUAUUCACCCAAGUCAGAUGGCCCCCGUACUACACGGGAUGAGAAGAGGCGAGCACAGCAUAAUGAAGUGGAAAGACGGCGCCGGGACAAAAUUAAUAAUUGGAUUGUGCAGCUUUCUAAAAUCAUUCCUGACUGCUCAAUGGAGAACACCAAAUCCGGACAGAGCAAGGGAGGCAUCUUAUCUAAAGCCUGUGACUACAUCCAGGAACUGCGACAAAGCAACCACCGCUUAUCUGAAGAACUGCAGACCUUGGACCAGCUUCAAAUGGACAAUGAGCUUCUGAGACAGCAGGUGGAGGAUCUGAAGAACAAGAACCUUAUCCUGCGAGCACAGCUGCGCCAUCACGGAGUAGAAAUUAUCAUCAAGAACGAUACUCGCUGAGAGGAUAAGCAACACCGGGAGACCAACAUGAGUGGGUGCUCUUCAGCAGGAGGUUCACACAAAUAACUGCUCUUGCACAACAGACCACAUUUGUUUUCCUCUUAUGAGUUUACCCUUCAUCUGUGCUCCUCUACUUUUGUAUUAUUUUUUCUGAAGGCUGACUUUUUGCAUGUCCAGAAAGGAUGUGGUCAGCCUCUGUUUAUAAAAUGUAAAUAUCCUCCUGAGCAAUAAGACAAGAAGUCGGAUGUCACCAGGACAUCAUUCUGCUUUUUCCUCUGGAAGGAGUUGUAGAAAUGUAUAUUUGUUUUGUACUUGUUGAAUGCUGCUUCUUUUUGUGUUGGUGUGAAUGUGUAGUCCUAAUCCUUUAUUAUAUUCUAGUUUUAAUUAGGGCUAAUUGUAAUGUACAUUACUUCUAUAUUUGUUUUUUUUUGUGUUUAACCCCUUGGAAACUUAGUUUGGGGGCAGCAAGUCAAAGCGCCCUUCCCUGCAUUUCUCUCUUGAGCUGGCACUUCUCCAGAAUUAAAUGCAUCCAUGUUCCAAUUGCUGUAAUUAUGUCUAUUGCAGCUUUUCAUGCUGCGUAAUCCAAUCUGCUGUAAGAUAACCAACUGCCAUUGUGAAAUGUCCAAAUGUCGGCUGUUUUUAUUAAAAGUCUUCCAAAAAGAACCCAAAA